AUGAUAGAUCGGUUGCCUUUGGCGAAGGGGCGCCUUACCGCUGCUGAUAGUGUUCGGGGAGCUGCUGCUAGUCGCUGGUUGCUGCGCAAAGUAAUGGUUAGUGGGAAGAGAGAUGCAGAGAAGCGGGGAGCGCGAGGUAUUAUUAUAGGGGAAAGGGGGGGAGCAGCGGGAGGGGAGGGGUUCUGUAGAGCGCAAAGGGAAGCGGCGUGUUCCCUGAGGGGAGAGGGCGAAUCCCAUAGCGAAUGCUGA